AUGAAAGUGCUGAGGAAAAUGAGGGUCCUGUCAAAGCCUAAGACUCUGGAGCACACGUUGGCAGAACGCCAAGUGUUGGAGAGACUGCGAGGGGUGCCAUUCCUUGUCAACCUCUAUUACGCGUUCCAAACAGAUACGAAACUGCAUAUCGUUAUGGAGUAUGUGCGUGGAGGAGAAUUAUUUACACAUCUAUGUAGCCGUGGCAGUUUCGAUGUAACAGCAACGAAAUUUAUCAUUGCUGAAUUGAUCGUCGCUAUUGAUAAUCUUCAUCAGAAUAUUCUAUUGGAUGAGCAUGGUCACGUGAAGUUGACCGAUUUUGGACUCAGUAAACUGCUGGUACCGGAAGAACUCGAACGGGCUAAUUCAUACUGCGGAACUAUUGAAUACAUGUCACCAGAGGUGAUCAAUCGACCAGAAGGAGGAUAUUCGGAUGUUGUAGACUGGUGGUCAAUGGGUGUGAUUUGUUUCGAACUUCUGACCGGUUGCAGUCCUUUCACAGUUGACGGUGCUGCCAACUCUAGCAAGGAGAUUGCCAAGAGGAUAAUAUCGAAAAAAGUUCCGUUCCCAAAGAAUAUGGAUCCGGACGCACGCGAUUUCAUUGCUGCCUUACUUGAGAAGAAGUUAGAAAAACGACUUGGAUACAAUGGUGUAGAUGAGAUCAAAAAGCACCGAUUUCUCCGGGAUAUUGACUGGGACAAGGUGGCCAAACGUCAGCUCACUCCCUUCAUUGUGCCAAAUCUUACUCACGAGCUCGAUGUGCAAAACUUUGCUACUGAAUUCACUAAUCAACAGCCUCUUUACUCACCGGCCGAGUCUCCAGUCAACGGGAAUACACUUUUUAGGGGUUACUCUUACAUCUCACCUUCUGUAAUAUUCGCUAACAACAACAUAAUUGGAGAGGAACUGAUGCAAGAAGACAUUCAAGCAGAAGCUGCCGAUAUCAUGCGGCAAUUGGUCUCCGCAGUUGGUUUUCUACAUGCAAAACGAAUUGUUCAUCGAGAUCUGAAGCCCGAGAAUAUCCUGUUCGAAAGUGAAGAUUCGAGUGCUCGUCUACGACUGGUCGAUUUCGGUUUUGCGCGAUUGUUACCGGCAUGCGUUGAGCAACAGCUGAAGUCAGUCUAUCGGAAAAUGACACCUUGCUUCACCUUACAGUAUGCCGCUCCAGAAGUGCUAGACCUGGGUGAUACGCUACCGGAAUACAAUGAACAGUGUGACUUAUGGUCUCUUGGUGUUAUUUUGUUCACGAUGCUGUCCGGACAAGUACCGUUUCAUGCUCGAUCAAAAACCGAAUCGGCAACGGAGAUUAUGCAGCGGAUAAGGAAGGCAGAAUUUUCGUUCGAAGGUGAUGCCUGGAGAGCCGUGUCUGUUGACGCAAAACAGCUCAUCAAUGGAUUAUUAACUGUGGAUCCGAAGAAACGGUUAUCCAUGCAAGAAUUAUCGCGACAUGCGUGGUUGAACUCGUCGUCUUCUCUGGAGACUCCCCUACAAACGCCUAACGUUUUGCCAUCAUUUGCUGGCGAAACAUUCAACGAGACCCUGCAAGCCUUCCUGACUGCGAAUCGUGAUGGCUUCCACCUGAUGGAUGUAGAAGCGGCACCGUUGAUGAAGAGACGAGGGUUAAAGCGACAAAGUGCGGAGAAAGAAGCUAUUGAUAAAGCUUCCAAAAGGUAG